UCGUUCCGCCGUCUUCCCGAAUGUUCCCGAGCAGCUGCUGCCGGACGGUGGCGCUAUCCAGUGGCCUCGAGGGCUGCGUUCUGGGUCCCCGGGCUGAGCAGAACGCGGCGUCUGUCGCAGUAUCGCCACUUUUCCGGACCGUUAUUGAUGGUUGUCGCUGACUAUUGACAACAUGUCGACGCUGUGCUACAACAGGGGCUGCGGACAGCGCUUCGAGCCCGAGCUCAACGGAUCCGACUCCUGCACACACCACCCUGGGGUUCCUGUCUUUCACGACGCUCUCAAGGGCUGGUCAUGCUGCAGGCGAAGAACUACGGAUUUCUCGGAUUUUCUGAGCAUCCCUGGCUGUACAAAAGGCCCUCACAGCCAAGAGAAGCCCCCAGAGCCAGUGAAGCCUGAGGUGAAGACAUCAGGGGAAAAGAAGGAGCUGGCGGACACAAAACCAAAGUUUGACGAAUUCAUCAUCCAGGCACCCAAGCCUCUGGAUUCUAUUCGGCGACCAAGCCCAGACGAGCCUUUCACAAGGCUGCAGCAGAAGAUCUCUGCCUCCUUGAAGCAAUCGCUGGAAAAACUUAUGCUGUCUGAAGAGAGAAGCCCAGAGCAAAAAGAGGAAGACAGUGAUGAAGUGAAGAUCGGAACAUCCUGUAAAAAUGGCGGCUGUACAAAGAGUUUCUGUGGAUCUGCUAAUGAUGAGGAGACCUGCAUGUACCAUGCUGGGGUGCCCAUAUUCCAUGAGGGGAUGAAGUAUUGGAGCUGCUGCAAGAGGAAAACAUCAGACUUUAACACCUUCCUGUCUCAGGAGGGCUGCACUCAAGGGAAGCACUUGUGGAAGAAGCAGGACAUGGGGAAGAAGGUGGUUCCCUGCAGGUUUGACUGGCAUCAAACCGGCAGCCAAGUCAUCAUAUCCAUUUACGCCAAAAACUGCAACCCUGAGCUGAGCUUUGUGGAGGCGAACAGCACUGUGAUUGAUAUUCACAUCAUAUUUGAGAGAGAGAGAGAAUUUGAACAGAAGAUCAGCCUGUGGGGGGUUAUCGAUGUGAGCAGGAGCAUAGUGAACAUGAUGGCAGCCAAGAUUGAAGUAGCAAUGAAGAAGGCAGAGCCAAUGUUGUGGGCACGCCUUGACCUACCGCCACCCAAGAGUGGGCUGACAGAGGGGGACAGGGAGAUGAUGGGCAGUGAUGAUGAAUGAGCAGCUGCUGCCACCAGACAAUGUCUUUCACUGCAGGUCUCUGAACCAGUGUUGGGUUGGACUUUAAACCCAUGCUGCAGCAGCCUUUUCUUGCAGAAGAGGCACCCCCAAAGGGCUAUGGGGGGCUUAGGGUCCUGCAAACAUGUACUGUAUUCCAAAUAUUUCACAGGACUCUUGUUCUGUACAACUAAAAUAUGUAAAUAGAGGCAAGCAUGCAUUUGGGGAACUUAGCGGUCUUCCGCAGUGGGGAAGAAGUCAGGUUUAAGGACCAGCAUUUUGAUAAAUGCAGUGUGGGAACAGUUGUGUACAAUACUGAAGUAACUUGAAGUUUUUACUGUCAGCCUCCAGCCCCUGUGCUGCAAUAAACAGUUACGCAGUG